AGCCUUGAUAAGACUGUCAACAAAACGUAAAUAAAAUCAUCCGCAAGAAAAUAAAAUUCUUAUUGGAAAAAAGCUUUCAAAUUAUGGAGUUUCCCAAGGUUUUAGUUACAGUUGGCACGACGUCAUUUCCCGAACUAAUCAGUGCCGUAAACACACGAGAGAUGGUAGAAAUCUUGAAGAAUCGCCUGAAGUGCCACGAAAUCACUGUUCAAUCCGGGAAGAAUGAUUUGGAAUUCAUUCCAGAAUUCAAAGACUUAUCCACCAAGAGUUUCCACUAUUCCGAUGCCUUCCGGGAUUGCAUUAGAGCAGCCGAUUUGGUGAUCAGUCAUGCUGGAGCUGGAACUUGCAUGGAGGUUUUGGCCGCCGGAAAAGCCCUCGUCGUGGUGGUCAAUGACACUCUGAUGGACAAUCAUCAGACGGAACUGGCUGAUCAGCUGGCGUCAGAAAACUGUCUGGUGCAGUGCAUUCCGGCGUCCCUCUGCCAAACUCUGCGCGAGUUCGAUCCAAGCAAACUCAAGAAGUAUGAGAAAGGCGAUCCUGGCAGAAUUGUGGAGGAAAUUGACAAACUAAUGGGAUUUCAGCAGUGAAAUAAAAUUCUGAA